GACUGAAACGUGUUCGGGAGAUCCGGGCACUCCUCGAUCCUUAUUUAAUUAAUAAAAUAAAAAUAAUUUAAUACAUUUUAGUUGACGCAUUUUCAUUGGACACGUUACGUUCUCGACGUAGCGGUGCGUCAAACAAAGCGAACCCUUUAUAACAGUUUCAGCUAGUCCUCGCCUCACUAACCGUUUUUAUUUCUCUAAAAGAGGACACUUUUUCGGGCUAAUGUUACUCUAAAUCAACGGAACAACCAGUUUAUCAUCAACAUAAGAUGGAUCUGCGGGUUCUUUUAAUAGCAGCGUUAUCGGCGGUCCUCAGUGGCAGCUGGGCGCAGCAAGAGGGGAGCGUAUGCAUCAAAGCCAACGCUCAGUCCUGUGGGGACUGUAUCCAGGUCGCUGAGUCGUGUGGAUGGUGCGGAGAUGAAAGCUUCCUCACUGUGGGUGAGUCCAAGUCGGCCCGCUGCGAUGAUCUGGAGUCCCUGAAGAAGAGAAAUUGUGACGUGACCAAAAUUGAGAACCCACGUGGCGGCAUCAACAUCGACAAAGACAAACCGGUCACCAACCGUAAGAAGGACGUGGCAGAGAAACUGAAGCCGGAGCAGAUCACCCAGAUCCAGCCGCAGAAACUCACCCUCACUCUCCGAUCUGGUGAGCCCCAGACCUUCGAUCUGAAAUUCAAGCGUGCGGAGGAUUACCCCAUCGACCUGUAUUACCUUAUGGACCUCUCCUUCUCCAUGAAGGACGAUUUGGAAAACGUGAAGAACCUCGGCACCGACCUCAUGAGGGAAAUGCAGGGGAUCACCUCAGAUUUCAGGAUUGGUUUCGGCUCGUUUGUGGAGAAGACGGUGAUGCCUUACAUUAGCACCACGCCUGCCCGGCUCAUCAACCCCUGCACGGGGAACCAGAACUGCACCAGCCCCUUCAGCUACAAGAACGUCCUGAAGCUGACGGACAAAGGAGACGAGUUCAACAACCUGGUCAGUCAGCAGCAGAUCUCAGGAAACCUGGACUCUCCGGAGGGCGGCUUCGACGCCAUCAUGCAGGUGGCCGUCUGUGAGAAUCAGAUCGGCUGGAGGAACGUGACCCGCCUGCUGGUGUUCUCCACCGACGCUGGGUUCCACUUCGCUGGAGACGGAAAACUGGGCGGCAUCGUCCUGCCCAACGACGGAAAGUGUCACCUGGAGAACAACAUGUACACCAUGAGCCACUACUAUGACUACCCCUCCAUCGCCCAUUUGGUCCAGAAGCUGAGCGAUCACAACAUCCAGACCAUCUUCGCCGUCACUGAGGAGUUCCAGCCUGUCUACAAGGAGCUGAAGAAUCUCAUUCCUAAAUCCGCUGUCGGCACGCUGUCCUCCAACUCCAGCAACGUGAUCAAACUCAUUAUUGAUGCUUACAAUUCUUUGUCGUCUGAGGUCAUUCUGGAAAAUGGCCGUCUGCCAGAAGGAGUUACCAUCACGUACAAAUCCAUCUGCAAGAACGGUGUGGAGGGAACAGGGGAGAACGGCAGGAAGUGCUCCAACAUCUCCAUCGGAGACGAGGUGUCUUUCAAGAUUUCCAUCGAGUCCCAGAAGUGUCCAUCGAACGGAAAGCCUGAGGUGAUUAAAAUCAAACCGCUGGGCUUCACCGAGGAGGUGGAGGUGGUUCUGAACUUCAUCUGCGACUGUCAGUGCGCCGCUGAAGGAGAGCCCGACAGCGACAAGUGCUACGAGGGCAACGGGACCUUCGAGUGCGGAGCCUGCAAGUGUAAUGACGGACGUAUCGGGCGUCUCUGCGAGUGCAGCAAAGACGAGGUGCGGACAGAGGACCUGGAUGCGAACUGUCGAAAGGACAACGGUACGGACAUCUGCAGCAACAACGGAGACUGUGUCUGCGGCACAUGCGAAUGCAAGAAGCGAGAGAACCCUGCAGAGAUCUACAGCGGGAAGUACUGCGAGUGUGACAACUUCAACUGCGACCGCUCCAACAACAAGCUCUGCGGAGGACACGGCCGCUGUGAGUGCAGGAAGUGCAUCUGUGAUGCCAACUACACCGGCAGCGCCUGCGACUGCUCGCUGGAGACGGCAUCCUGCCUCGCCAAGAACGGGCAGAUCUGUAACGGCCGCGGCACGUGCGAGUGUGGAAUCUGCAAAUGCACCAACCCCAAGUUCCAGGGUCCUACCUGCGAGAUCUGCCCCACCUGCCCCGGGGUCUGCGCCGAGCACAAAGACUGCGUGCAGUGCCGAGCGUUCGAGGCCGGAGAGAAGAAGGACACGUGUGAGCGCGACUGCAGCUACUUCCAGCUGAUCAUGAAGGACCCGCGAGAAGAUCCCCAGCCCACCGACCAGAGCUUCCCCCUGACCCACUGCAAGGAGCGCGACGCCAACGACUGCUGGUUCUACUACACCUACGCCAUCAGGAACGACACCAAGGAGGUCUACGUGGUGGAGACGCUGGAGUGCCCUGCCGGCCCUGACAUCAUCCCCAUCGUGGCCGGCGUAGUGGCGGGCAUCGUGCUGAUCGGCCUCGCCCUGCUGCUCAUCUGGAAGCUGCUCAUGAUCAUCCACGACCGCCGAGAGUUCGCCAAGUUCGAGAAGGAGAAGAUGAACGCCAAGUGGGACACGGGUGAGAAUCCGAUCUACAAAAGUGCCGUAACGACUGUCGUCAAUCCAAAGUACGAGGGCAAAUGAUGCAGCUUUCCUUCCUUGUGACAACACUGUAUGGAGAAGAUAACAGGCGGGACGGGGGGGGGGGGGGGUUUAUAAUGCUCACUGUUUGUUUGUUUGUUUGUUGUAAUCACCAAUGCAUUUUGCCACUAUUUCAUUUUGUUUUACUAACUUUUUUUAUUUUCUAUGCUUCAUCUGAAAUGUGUACAGUCUGUAAAUGUUUUGUUUUUUUACUAUGCGGAACUUGAGAGAAUGUGUUGAACUGAUUCGUAGUUUUUCCGCCGCGGGACUGGCAAGGUAUCGUCUGUGCAUGUAUAGAGCCAUCAGUGUUUUGUCGAGGGGUUUAAAAUGGAUGUUGAUGAUGGGCAACAAAUGAAGGGUUCCUCUCCAAAAGAAUCAAUGAGUCGAACACACAGUGAGCCGAGUCUUACGAUUGAUUUGCCGUCUUUGCGUUCUUUUUUUAAACUGAUCAGGCGUCUUUUUUUUAAAGUCUCUUUGGUUUGAAACUCUUCACAUGUAGCGCCAGCAGAGUGGUAGCAAUGAAAUGUGUACAGUAUGUUUUGGUUUCUGUGUUAAGCCAUAUAUGUAUCCACAGAACAGGAUAGUGUGACUUUCUCCGUCUGAACAAUCAAUUGAAAUGUCUAGAAAACAAGUCGAGUGUACAGUAGUAUUACCGUUUGGCUCCAGGUUUUACUCGCUUAAUUUAAAGCCAACUCAGGUCCUUUAAUUCUUCACAGCUAUGCCAAAAACACGCAAACCUGCCUUAUUCGCUAACUCUUUUAUUGAAAUGCCUUGUUUUUAUUUGUAGGUAUGAAAUGGGGAUUGGUCCCACUUUUUAUUUUCUAUGCGUCAGUAAUUCAGCCAAACUUUUUCUGUGGUGCUACGAUCAAAACAUUUUUAUUGGAAAGAAAUAGGAAUGAUAAUGUCAUUUGGUUUUAAAGAUCGGUGGUAAGGGAACGAUUUUCAGAUCUCCAGGAUUUUUGUAAAGAAAAAAAAGAUUGCACCCGUCACCAUUUUUUAAGUGCCUUUUUUAUUUCAACACAUUCACAUUUGCUAUUCUGUAUUUCUGAAAUUAUUUAUUGAAUAAACAUCAAAAACAAUGUACCCCUA